GGGCGAUGAACAUCUGGUUGUGAGUGAUGUGUGAGAGGAAAAACACUCUCCACAAGACGCCGUGAAGGUUCAGAGAUAAAGACACAUCUUGGUGGAGGAUCUUGCGGUUCCUGUGAGUUUUCUGCACCCUGGAGCUGAAGCAUGGACAGUGAAGUGGGAGCGAUGGACGGCAGUCUCGACAGUCCUCUGAGCCCAAGGCAGCUAACUGGACUGGGGAUGAGCUGUCUACUUUCCCCAAAGUACAAGCACUCGGGGCCGGGCCUCGCCAGUCCUCAGGAGUACAACCAGUGGCUGCCUUACCGCCAUGACGCAACCUUGCUUCCCAUGAAGGAAGAUCUGGCUUUUUGGCUAAACACCAUCAUAGGAGUGGAGCUCACAGCAGACAAUCUGAUGGAGAGGCUGGAUAAUGGCGUUCUCCUCUGUCGGCUGGCACAGCUGCUCCAGGAACAGAUGAUUCAAUCCAGCAAUGGAAAGCCCUUUGUGAGGAGAGUGAUCCGCUGGCGAGAUGACGCAACUUCGGGAUCAUUUUUCGCUCGAGACAACACUGCCAACUUUCUCUACUGGUGUCGAAAGAUUGGCAUUGAUGAGGCUUAUCUCUUUGAGUCUGAGGAUUUGGUCCUCCACAAGCAGCCGCGGGAGGUGUGCCUGUGCCUGAUGGAGCUGGGACGCAUCGCAGCCAGAUACGGAGUGGAACCACCAGGGCUGGUGAAGCUGGAGAGAGAGAUCGAAAGGGAAGAGGCGGAAUGCUUAUCUCCAUCGUCCCCUCUCGCAUUCUUUCCUCCCGCAUCACUGUAUUCGCCGUCGCAAUCAUCCCUUCCGCCAGACCCCUCUCCCCCUCCCUCGCCUCCCCCUCCCCCCCUCGCUCCGAGCACGGCCUCUGCGUGUCAGCCCCUCGCCGCCUCCCGCGCCUCUGAUCUUCCAUCAGCCACAACAAACCCCGUACCUCCAUGUUUAUCCCCUCCUCAGUCCCUCGCAGCCUCUAACCUCUGCACAACCACCGUCUCCACACAAACACCUUUGUUCUCUCCUUCCUGCACCACCGACACACCUGCCGCAGCUCCUCAGUCUGUAUCCACUCCAAGCCAAACCUCAGUAUCCACAGCCAAAGUCUGCACGGCCGCACCAAUCACCCGCCCCCCCACUGCCUCCCCACCUGCGGCCCCGGCUCCUCGAUCCUCCACAAAAUCCACAAUCCGGAGGACCACGGGCGCCACCAACAUUCUGGAUGAUUUUGUGAGAAACAUUGUUGAAAACCCCUCCUGCAGCUGUCCUGUCAGAUUUGUGGUUGAGAAGCAGCCCAAAGGCUGCUACCGCAUCGGGGAUAAAGUUCUAUAUAUACGUAUGCUGAACGAGCGUCAUGUGAUGGUGCGAGUGGGCGGAGGCUGGGAGACCUUUACAGGUUACCUGCAGAAGCACGACCCCUGCAGAGGAGGAGGAGGAGGAGGAGGAGGAGGAGGAGGAAGGCUGGUGGGCAAAGCUGAGGUCAGGGUCUGUCGGGACAAAGCAAAGAGGCCCAGCUUGAACAUCUCGCCCGACAGUUACAUGGUGGUCGGCGCCCAUUACCGAAGCAAAAAGUAAACCGACUUCAGACGGCAGGAAACACUUGAUCAGACCAAAGUGCACAACGUCAACAACCUGACAUCAGUUCAAAACCUUUUUGCCUUUUAAGGUUGAUACAAACGCUAACCUUUUCCAUAGAUAUGACUGUUAUUUUAUACCUUAUAUCUGUGUGUGCCAAUGGUCUGUAAAUAUUUCAUUUUAUAGUUGUAUAUAUGCAAUGAUUUAUCCAUUAACACAGAGCUGACGGUCGUCAGGGCCCAAAUAAGUCGACUCAGAUGUGCCACAUUCACACGAUGAGAACCUGGAGAGAAAGAAACAGCAGCAGCCCUUGAAAUAAAAGGAAUUGAAUUGGACGGAAUCACAGACAGUUGGCUGAUUCAGUUGUUCCCCAUCUGUGAUCUGAGACCUUUUGGGGCCCAAAGGCCUGCUUCCUCCGAGGCUGACGAAAUCCGAUUCAGAUGCACAGAAUGUUAAGAUGCUUUACCGAAUAUCAAGAUACACUUUUUUGUUUUGUUUUCGUUGGAGUCCACUGGAUUAACAAAUAUCUGGAAACAUUGUUUUUUUUCACCACUGAGUGAUUAUAGAGGUCACUUCUUAUGAUGAAUUGGGAAACAUUUCUAGCUGCUUCAGGAUGGUGAUUUGCUGUUUUUUGCAACCUCACGACUCAUCAGUUUCAACACUGUAUGUCCUUAUUUUCAUGUAAUCAUGCAAGAACGAUAUUAUUUAAAGUGCUAAUGUACUUUCAUAUUAAUAUCGGAGAGAAAAUAUCCACGUCAAUGCAAAUUGUUGUAGAGCACCUAUAGUUCAUUGAUUGUCUAGCUACAGAAAUGAUAAGACCGAGAUUUGGU